CUGGAUGACAGCUAUCCGGCGCCGAAACGCCGAUAGACACUCAGACGAAAGAGCCAUGGCGGCCACGGGUGGAGGGAAAAUUAGAAGCAGGAGAUAUCACAUCGCCUCUAAACCUUACGCCAAGAAUAAACAGCAACCAUCAGGGCUCAUCAGUCGAGUGACUGACACGGUGAAGAGCAUCGUUCCUUCCUGGCUGCAGAAAUACUUCAAGAAUGAAGAUGCUCCUGAAGGAGCAGAGGAUGUUCUUGGGACGGUCCAUAACUGCCUGCCACCACCUCCUCCAAAUGGCAGCGAAGAGGCACCUCCUCCCCUUGAUGGGUGUGACUCCCCAGAGCUAAGCACCAGUAACAUGGAGCCCUCAACCAGCCGGGCGUCCCUAAACUUUCAAGAUUAUGUUCUUUCUCGACCUCCAUUGAGUCGUUCCCACCUCCACUUCCCUCCGCUGGAAGCCUCCUCCCCGACCCUGGGGGCCUCCGUCAGCCAUUUCUCCCAACCCUCCACCUCCUCUGCCCCUGGACCCUUUUCCACAGGCUUCUCCUUGGUCAAAGAAAUCAAGGACAACCUCUCGCAGCACGAAGAUGAUAACAUCUCCACCACUAGCGGCUUCUCUUCUCGUGCCUCAGACAAAGAUGUCCCUACUUCCAAAACGGCGUCGUUUCCUCAACUUUGGUCCCCCGAGAUGGAGAGAACACACUCAGGCCCUCAACCGGCCCAGUCCAGUCUGAGAAAGCCUUCUUUUAACCUGUCUGUAUUUGGAAAUUCCUCCAAUUCGUCAUUAAACAGCACAUUACUAAACACCAGCCAGCUGGGAGAUUCACCCUUCUACCCCGGGAAGACCAUGUACGGUGGGGCAGCUGCAGUCAGGACCUCCCGUGGUCGCCCUGGAACACCGUACCAGGCCCCAGUGAGGAGACAGAUCAAGGCCAAGCCUGCUGGGGCUCAACCCUGUGGGGUGACCAGCGCCACAGCCAGACGCAUCCUUCAGUCCUUGGAGCGAAUGUCGAGCCCCCUGGCUGAUGCCAGGAGAAUCCCAGCAGCAGCAGCAGCCUCAUCCCCGCUGUCAGCAUCAAUGGAUGGCGCAAAUCUAGAUGUUUCACAGUCAAAAAGGAAACGUAUGGAUUCCAGCCUUCCGCCUGUGCAGAAGCUGGUGGUUCCGGUUGCAGCGUUGGUGUCAGGAAACCGCUCUGUGUCCUUCAGGCCGACCUUAACUCCUGGAGGAGUGAGCCGAACUCUUGACAGGACCCCCAGAGAGACGCCUAAGAGACAAUCACCGCAACUUCCCGAAGCUACCCCGGGUCCGUCUAAAAGCACAAUGAUUCCCAGUGGCCCGGUCUAUCCUCUGUCCAGCACGCCUGCAGCCAGCAGCGUGAGCUCCGGAGGGGGCAAGAUGAAGAGGGAGAGGACCAGUACACGGCCUUCCUCUAAGCGCUCUGAAGAGGACGAGGUGGCUGAGGUACUGGACCUACCAGCAAUAUCUCUUCCCAUCAGCACCUCUGCCUUGCCAAGCUUCAGCUUCUCUCCUCUUCCCCCGCUCGCCACCACCAACAGCGCAGCUCCCAACCUCACGCCUGUGACUCCCGCUAAGGAAGAGGUCACAAAUAAGGAGCCACCAACGAUCUCUACACCUCCCUGUGUACCCUUUACUUUUUCCUCCCCUAUUGUCAAAGCAACUGCUGCUAGUCCUCCCGCCUUUUCCCCCUCAGCUGGAUUCACUUUUAGUGCACCCGUAGCAAAGUUAGGACCCUCCAUGUCAAAUGGGAAGCUGUCCUCUCCCAUAGUUGCAGCAUUGAAGUCGGCAACCAGCAAAAGUCCAGAAGAUUUUGACGGGCUUUUCAAGCCAGCUAAGGCCCUGAAGCAGGGCAGUGUGUUGGAUCUUCUCAAGGCGCCAGGCUUUGCUUCUCCUGUUGCGCGCACUUCUCCAGGCCCAGACGUUGCUCUGCUGCAGACCUCCACACACACCACAGCCCCCUGUUCCUCCUCCUCCUCCACCACCACCAACACCUCCCUCUCUUCAAAAGGGUUUAGCGAUGUGUUCAAAGCCCCACCAGGCUGGAGUUGUGAUGUCUGCAUGGUGCAGAACAAGCCGUCAGAGACCAAAUGUGCUUGCUGUAUGGCCCCCCAGCCCUCGUCAUCCAAAUCUAUGGACAUUACACCUUCAGCGACCACCUCGGUUGGGCUUGAGAGCAGCAGCACGAACACCAGCUCCACCACUACAACGAGCGCAGGUUUUGGCGCAAUGUUCGCCAAACCAGCAGGAACAUGGGAGUGUGAUACAUGCCUGGUCCUAAACAAACCCGACGCAGUGAAGUGUGUGGCCUGUGAAACGGCCAAACCUGGGACAGGGCUUAAACCCUCACUGACUCUUCCUUCUGCCUUCUCAGCUGUUAAGACUGUGUCCCCGCCUACAGCCCCCGUUUCUACAGUGUUCAUCGGAUUUGGAGACAAGUUCAAAAAACCCGAGGGUGCAUGGGAAUGUGACACGUGUAUGGUAGAAAACAAGGCGGAGAAUACAAAGUGUGUGGCCUGCAUGAGCGCUAAACCAGGAGCCUCAGCGGGCGCCUCUUCGUCAGCCAGCAGUGCUCCAGUGUUUGGGUUGGGAGAUGCGUUCAAGAUGCCAGAGGGUGCCUGGGAGUGCGAGGUCUGUUUUGUACAGAAUAAGGCGGCUGAUGUCCAGUGUGUCGCCUGUCAGGGAGUCAAACCCGGAGCCAAAGUGGAACCCAAAGGUUUUGGUUUGUCAUCUGGCGGGACUUCAACCUCUAAUUCUGGAGGUUUUAAGUUUGGUGCACCAGACAGUACAUCGGGAUCGGGAUCUGUAGGUUUCAAGUUUGGAGGCUCCUUGACAGAGUCGUCCUCUUCAUCGUCCGAUGGAUUCAAAUUUGGAGUCCCGUUUGGAAGCUCCUCAUCAGAAACAACUUCUAAAGACACUACUGCCUCGUCAGGGUUCAAAUUUGGCAGCUCAUCUGAGGGCUUUAAAUUUGGGACUGCCUCUAGUGAUGAUAAAAAGUCUGACCAAUCCGCUGCAGGUUCUGGGUUUAAGUUUGGAGCAAGCGGUGGAAUAGCAUUCGGAAUUGGCUCAUCCAGCGCAGACGGUAACUCCUCUAAGGGCGGCUUCACCUUUGGACUCUCAAAACCAGAAGAGAAAACCCCUGACACCACCACCAACCCACCCCUUAGUUUCACUCCUCCUGCUGCCUCGCAGGAGAAAGGUGAGGGUGCUGGAUCAUCAAAUGACGCCACAUCCACGACCAACACCACCAUCGGCUCGGUAUUUGGGAGUUUAGCGAGCGCCGCACAACAGGGUGGCUCUGCUUUUGGAUCCUUACAAACGGACAAAGAGUCAGCUGCUCCCACGUUUACGUUUGGAAAGCAAGAGGAAAAGAAAGAAGCCGCAGCAGCCGUCUCGUCGGCUCAGUCGGCCUUCCUCUUUGGUGCCGCUAAUAAAGAUGCAGAUGCUGCACCACCAGCAGCGGCCAACACGGGAGGCUUUUCCUUUAGCAAGCCCAGUGCGCCAACAGAACAAACUCCUCCCGCCUACAACUUUGGCAAGGCGGCAGACCAGAGCGAAACGUCUGCUGCAGAGGCCCCGAAGCCCUCUUUUAGCUUUGGACAAAGUGCUGCAGAUUCUUCUACUGCAACAAAACCAGCGUUUUCCUUCAUGGCCGGUAAUCCCGCCAACGCCACCACUUCGUCAUCCACCACCUCGACGCCAAGUCUGUUCGGCACCACCAACAGCAUCAACACCAGCUCCGCUCAAGCCCCCGCUCCGAGCGGCUUCAUGUUCGGUCAAUCCGCCGCAGCGCCCGGUGACGCUCCUCCGGCCAAAGCCUUCGUCUUCGGCCAGAGUCGGGACAGCCAGGUGCCCGCGCCGCCAGCUGCUCCUCUGAACUCUACGCCCGCUCCAUCCCCAGCUCAGCCGUUUAUCUUUGGUGCUCCCACCACUGCAGCCGCUCCUGCUGCCGCCGCCGCUGCCGCUCCAUCUUUCGGCUUUGGAGCAAUCGCACCCACCGCUACCUCGACUUCAGUUCCCUCUGCCCCAUUUGCAUUCAACCCGGCCCCCUCUGCUGGCUUCGGGGCCAAUCAGAAUUCUUCAUUCGGUUCCACCUUUGGGUCCCCCUUCACGGCCACACCUUCCCAGCCCCCGGCCUUUGGGGCCAAAUCCAACACUACGCCGGUCUUUGGACAGCAGACACCCUCCACACCUGUCUUUAGGGCGGCUGCUAAUUCUGCACAAGGUGGAGGCUUUCAGUUUGGAGGAGCCAGUGCAUUUGGAGCCACAAACAACGCCUCGGCAGGAGUGUUUACUUUUGGAGCAGGAGGGGCACCAUCUCCUGGCCCCCCUGCAAACACCUCCAUCGCACCACAGUCAGGACCGCCUGGGGGUGGAUUUAAUUUUUCACAACCCCCAGCAUUUAAUAUUGGGUCAGCAAAAACCUUCACCGCCGCACCUGCUGGGCAGCAAACGAUUGCCGGGCGCAAGAUCAAGACAGCGGUGCGACGCAGAAAGUAGAGCCACGUGGACUCGACCACAAUGAAGACUUGACUUUGACGUGACCGAAACCUAAAUAAAGUCCUGCGAGGUCUCAGCUAGACGAACACUGAAGUUACUUGGCCGAGGCUCAUGGCCACUCUGUGGUCGGGCUGGACAGGCGGGCUGGUUUUAGCCGCAGGCUGAGCGGAUCAUUCAGAGGUUUUGUGAGAACUGUAGACUGAACAACGACAGACUUUCAAAAAGAACUAUCAAGCAAAAAAAAAAAACUGCUCGACAUGAUGAAACAAGACCGUCAUAUCAAUAUUUUCAAUACCGGCAAAUGUCUGCUACACUUUAGGCAUCACUUUUUGAAAGAAAACUGCAAAUCUGGAGAGUUGAGAGUAUACACAAAAUUCUAUUAAUUAGUAUGGGGGAUCAGGUUGUGUACUGCGAUACGCAGACAGGAGCUGUGCAGCAAAUCUCCAGGGGUCAUCCUAAAAACGAUUGAGACUGCUCCUCUUAAAAGGAUCCAAGGAGCCGUUGGAGAUGUGGCCGCGGUGUCGGUGCGGCGUGCUGUAUGUACAGGGAUGAGCGUGUAAACUUUGUGGUGAAUGCAGCGUGCUUGUUUUUCGUUUAUUUUUUUCCCCCUCUUAUGUACAGACUUGAGGUGUGUUUGGGUUAUUUGUACCCAAACUGAGGUUGCGUGUCGACGUGCGUAUGAAAACUGAACGUCAGAGUUGUGGGGGCCGCUCGCUAGCUUUGCCACAGGGGAGUGAGCAAAUGAAUGUUUAAAACAAUAACAAGGAGGAGGCGGGGGUGGGGAAAACGUAUCCGUGCGGCGUGGAUGGCGGACCGGGCCAGAGGCCUCACACCCUAGUUCAACUCUUUUAGGUCUUUGUAAAUGCAUAGUUCCCAAACUGGCAUCUUUUAGUUCUUUGACCUCUGGUUCCCUCCACUACUUUGCUUUUGUGCCGUCUCUCUCCCGUUUCCUCCUCCAGUCCUUAUACUCUCCCUUUACCUCUCUUUAUCUCUUUCUCUUAAUUGGCCUUUGAAUAUUAUUAUAAAACCUUGUAAAUAGUGAUUUCUUUUUUCUUUUUAUCUGUGAAGUUGAUUUUUUUUUUUUUUUUGUGUGUGUGUGUUAAAUCCGCAUUAUUGUCUUUAGGAUUUAUGUAAAUUCCUAUAUUCAAAGUUGCCCGAAUCCAUUUAAAAGGAGCUUAAAUGCAAUUGGAUAGCCUUUGAUGACUAAAGGUAUAUUGGCUUUUCUGAUCCACUUUUGUUUGGACCAAAACCAGUAUUGUACAAAGUAUUAAGUAUAUAUUUUUCUAUUGCGUGUUUAAAUGGACGAGGGUGACUUUGGAUGAUAAGGAAAUCAGUUUAAUUUUAAAGCCAUGAUUAUUACUGGAUGAGUGAUAAAAAUUGAAACCAUGGGUAAUUACCAUCAAUAAAACUAUAAAAAUAA